UCGUCCUUAUUCAGGCCUAAGCAAUCGUUCCCGAAUGAAUCGAUUAGAAGAGGAGUAUGCUGGGAAAGAUGGCAUCUUCUGAACAACCUGAUCCGCAAACACAGCCUCGUGCUCCGUCCAGAGAUGACGUUGCCCCCAGAGAAGCACUGAUUGCCACAGCUGUGAAAUUUUUACAGAACCAUAAAGUCCGUCAAAGUCCACUGGAAACCAGAAAAGUUUUCCUGAAGAAAAAAGGUUUGACUGAUAAGGAGAUUGAGCUUGCCAUCCAGCGCUCGGGCAGUACUGACGAGCCCCUGGCCCUUACCCCUGUGGGACCCCAGUACCCUCUCCUUGCCCCCCAGCUGGCACCUAUACCCUACAGUCCCCGUGGCUACAGAUGGAGAGACUACGGUGCCCUCACUGUCAUCAUGAUGGGCAUGGCCUUUGGCUUCCAUCACCUCUACAAGAAAUACAUCCUUCCCCUCAUUAUGGGCAGCAAAGAGGACAAGAAGCAUCUGCAGAGAAUCGAGAGCAACAUCGCCGAGAUGAGUGGCACGCUGACACAGACAGUGACCCAGCUCCAGCAGACCCUGGCUACAGUACAGGACCUCCUGGUCCAGCAGCAGCAGAAAAUGCAUGACCUGUCUCAGGAGCUAUCUACCUCUGAGGCAUCCUCUUCAACCAACCGCAUCCUGGAUACCCAGACCAUCGGCGAUCUGAAAGCUGAAAUAGGGUCAUUGAAGGGCUUGCUUCUCGGCAGGAGGCAGUUCCCCGCAUCACCAUCCGUCCCAAAGAUUCCCUCCUGGCAGAUGCCCCUUAAGCCAGCCACCAUCUCCACCAGCUCUCCUUCCAUCAACCAUACCAACAGCAGCAGCGACAUCUCCCCCGUCAGCAACGAGUCGGCUUCCUCCUCCCCCAUCAAAGAUGGCCGCCACAGCCCCCAAGAUGCCCUGGGAGGUCCCGACGGAGCCCACGGCCUCAACGGAGAGAAUGGCGUGGGGCUGGGAGGAGGAGCCACACUGCCCCCCCUGGACCUUAAGGAUCAGGUCCGCAUGGAGGUGCAGGGUGAGGAGGAGAAGAAAGAGGAGGAUGUGAAGGAGGAAAAGGAAGAUGAGGAGGAUGACGUGAGCCAUGUGGAUGAGGAGGAGCAUCUGAGCGUGCCAGCGGAGGAUCGUCGAGGGGGGGACGGACAGAUCAACGAACAGGUGGACAAGCUGAGGAGGCCCGAGGGGGCCAGCAACGAGAGCGAGGUGGAUUAGACCAGACUGUGAGCACAAAGCACAACAAAACCCCUUUUUCCUUAUGGUUCUCACUUCAUUUGAAGGUCCUGUUUCAGUCUGGUCCCAUUUGACCAUCCUUUCUGUAACUGUACUGUUUUGCCUCUGUUAUAUAGUGAACAAUCUCAAUUAUGAGCGAAGGUUUAAGAAACACAGCAAAAAAAGGUUAAUGUUGGUGUGUCUGGCCCUUGUAAGCACCUGGCUUACAUCAAUUUACUAUUCAUCAUUCAAACAAAACGAUUGCAUGCCUGGGAAAGUAAUGUUAAGUUUCUGCAGGAUGGGGGAGAUAAGAGCAAUAUUCAAUACAAAUUACUAUCAAAAAUGA